AUGGCGUCUCUUCGCUUCCCGUCAGAAUCCACAAGGCAAACGACCGACACGGGAGGUUUCUAUGAUGACAAGACGAAGCCGAACGAGCCUGAGCCUAAACGAAGGAGACUCGAGCAGGAGAUCGCUAUGAUGUUUAUUGUUGAUUUGGUUGUGCGGCGGAUGUAUGGUGGGUGGAACGAAGGCGGGAAGAGGAGGAAGAGGAGGAAGACGGAAGAAGAGAGAGAAGCAAGUAGAAGAGGCAGAGGAGAGGAGGAAGAGGAGGGAAAAAAAGGAGGCCGAAGCAGCAGGCCGGCGCGAGAAGCUAAAAAAAGCCCGGCGGGGGUGGAGGAUGUGCUGAGGGAUUGCUGGAAAGGGCCCGGGCUCACGGUCCAGCCAACCGCCCCACAGAACACCCGCACUCACCUCGCCCAGGGCCACGCUUUUGUCUCCCAGCCAAUCGGCGGUGGUGGACAGAUUACUCCGUACUUUCGACGCUGUCUUCUAUGUCUGCUGGUGGAGCUUGGAUCUGAGGGGGCUGGUAUAGUUAAGGGAAGGCUGCUGUACGGAGUAGGCGGUACACAGUACACAACGCUCAUGAUCCGCGUAUCGGGAACAACGAAAAGCGAUAGAUCGGAAGCGGGUAACUUUUCCGGAGAAUUUAAAAUAACAAAAGAAGAAAAGCAGAAUGUUACGGUUGCAAGGGGACAGACAAUCUAUGAUGGAUUACACCGGAUCACCUCGGGGUUCACGCCACCCAGGUGGGAAGGUGGGAGCGAGCGGUCUUUGGUUGGCUGGUGGAUGACGAGAAGAUCGAGGGAAGAGGGAAGAGGGAAGAGGGAAGAGGGAAAAGGCGAUGAUGAUGAUGCUGCUGAUGAUGAUGGCUUGGUUCUUCUAGUCGUGACAUCGUUAGUACAUACAACCCCCCCUGUAGUGAGCGAGGCUGUGCAGACAACUGUAGAGUUUGCACGGGAGAAAAAGGGAAAAAAAGCCAUCGUUGGUAUUAUCUGA